AUGUUUCCGUUGCAAAUCGACGGUCGACUCUACGAUAACGUGAAUCAUUUUUAUCAAUUGGCCAAAACAGAGGCACUGUGCGGUGUCACCUCGUUAUUAAUGACAGAUUCAGACGAGGCAGGUAGUAAUAGCGCAGGUGGAGGGGGCACGACAAAGGAGAAAACAAAGGAUUACAAUACGCUGGCAAGGAAUAUUUUAAAAAUAAAUAAGGUAGAUAAAUCGGCAGCAGAAGAAUGGCGUAAGACAGCGGGAUUGGAAGCAAUGCAGCGAGCUCUGUUGGCGAAAGUGGAGCAGUGUGAUGAACUGCGUAAGGCUUUGCUGGAUUCGGGAGAUAAGCUCUUGGUGCAUUGUUUUGGUGGUGACGACUUCUAUGCGUCAGCAUGCAACGGUCGUUACAUACAGGAUUGGGCGAGGAGUAUGAGCAACAAUAAAGUGGUGAUUAAGAUUCCAUUGGAUUUCCCGUUAACAUCGGAAACGGUGUUAUCUGUGCCGAAAUUUGGACUGGGACGUAAUGCGUUGGGUGUGAUUUAUAUGCAGUUAAGGGAGAUGUUAAGAGACGGGCUGCUGCCGUACAAAGGAGUGCUGAAAGAGGUGAGUGAGGUGUUCGGUUCGGAUUUGGGUGCUUGUGAAGUUAUUCUAUGGGGGAAACCUUUUUUGGGGGGCGAAAUUGCGGAGUUUUUAGGGGAGUGUGACGAACAAAAUAAUCAUUCAAUGGACAUUUUGAAUCAACAAGACGAAGAGGGUGGUGGACCAAGUGUAGUACCAAGCGUACCGGCACCAAUAAAGGGCGAAUCACGAGAUAGUGACAUGGGUGAUGGGUUUGCGAUGGAUGGAAGUCCGAUAUGA